UUUCGUAAUGUACCCCCAAGAAUUAAAGAAAUACCUACCAAGGGUAUUUAAGUAAAAUCAUAAUAAAAUGUCCAUUUCAUCAGAAAUAUGAUCUUCUAUGGCUAGUGAUGUUUCCUAAAGUGUGUUUUUCGUCAUAAGCUACUUUUAAUUAGUUUUGCUGAAGAUGUAAUCAAAAUUUUAAUAAGUCCACGUAGAGAUAUGGGUUCCAGAGUAAGAGACACUGUGCGCUACCUGUUUGAGCUAUUUUGUGAAGUUUCACCAGGUGAUCAUACAAAAGAACCAUUUAUUAUAAGGAAAUAUCCAGAAAUAUAUAAAAAUGAAGAAGAGUUGAAAAAUAUACCAAAAUUCACAUUCCCUUGCCAAAUAGAGAACUCAUUUGUUCAGCAUUAUUCGUUUGUCUUGACAUCAGUGGAUUCUAAGUAUACAUUUUGUUUUUGCCGAUUUGAUCCUAAGGCAAAUACUGCUUUGGUUCUUUUAUCCCAUUUACCAUGGCAUGAUAUAUUCUACAAACUUUUAAAUUGUAUUGCUGUUCUCUUAAAUAGUACUGAGAAAGGAGAAUUGAUCUCAUUUUUGGAAGCAUGUAGAAUUAGACCCCCAAUGCCUGGUCACACAUUAAAAGUUACAUAUAAUGCAGGUCACAGUGUUUUCUCUUGUCAGAGUCCAGACACUAAAUUACCAAGUAUUCCAGAAAAUUGCAAUCUCACGGAAUACUUCAGUGCAUUGGAUGCAAAAUGUAUGGCGGGCUUGUGGGCGGCUUUAUUACACGAACGGCGAGUGGCGAUUGUCGCUUCAAAACCGUCUAGGCUCUCGGCUUGCGUACAGGCUGCUAACGCUACUCUGUUUCCCAUGUCAUGGCAACAUAUAUUUAUCCCAAUAUUACCGAAACAUUUAGUCGAUUACCUUCUUGCCCCGAUGCCCUUUCUCAUUGGAGUUCCUAGAAGUGUAAUGGAGACGGUGAGGAUGUCCGAAAUAGGAGAUGUUGUCAUCGUAGAUGUCGACGCAAACGAUUUAAGGACUCCUUUCCAUGAUUUAGAAAGUCUUCCUCCUGAUUUAGUAACAACUUUAAAAAAAUCACUUAGUGAUAAAAAUGCCCUCGGUGAUGCUGUAUCCAGAGCGUUUUUACGAGCUUUAGUAUGUUUAAUUGGUGGAUAUCGUGAUGCUAUUAAUGUAAUUGGACGCAGAAACAUUACAAUGACAAAUGGCACAUCUGACUUUUUAAUUUUACGCAAAGAUGAAGGCAGAAUUGAAAAUGGUCAACUAAUUACAUUUAAUCCAGAGGCUUUUGUUAGAACUAGGAAAACUAUGCAACCAUUUUUGAGGAAAAUACUCCAGUCACAAAUAUUUCAACAGUUCAUUGAUGAAAGGUUGGACCUCCUCAACUCUGGGCGUGGUUUCAACGAUGAAUUCGAAGUCGAGUGCAAUAAUUACGCCGACAAGUUGAAUACUGGCAGUGGUCAAAAACUAAAACAACAAUACAGGGACUGGGCGAAGACUGUGAAAAAAGAAGGUGGUGCUUUCUUCAAAACUGUCAAGGAUAAGGCAAACCCAGCAGUACAAUCGGCUGUCAAAACGGUCAGAAAAGGCGGUAAAAAUAUGAAAUCUGCCGUAAAAGGGUUGAAAAAUAAAAUACCGAGAACUGGAUCGAGACCUUCAUCCAUAAACACAACUGACGAUAGCAGAUUCUCGUGCGGUUCAGCAACGCCAGUUUCGUCCGACUCCUCAGAUUCGUCGCCGUCUCACGACGCACCCACAAGGGAACCACCUCCAGCCCUACCCCUCGACCUACUCACGGAAAUGGAGUUCUUAUUCGCAAAGAAACAUACACAACGCCGUGAUAGCGUACCGAACAGUUCCCAUAAUUCUGACAUAAGUUUACCGGAUAAAUCUAAAACUAUGUCACCAUGCCUCCCACCCCGGUUACCGGAACGUCCCCAACUCCCACUCCGUUACCCCAUCAUUUCCACGAGGAAACUAAUCGAUCUAUCAGAUGCUCCAACACCGCCACCGCGGUCCGUUAACGCGGCGAAUCACAUGCACUUUAUAAGUAACAUUACAAAAAACGAUACGACGCCGGAUAAAGACUUCCAUACCAGCACGAUACGAUUCACAGAAGGCAAAGACAAGGCCAAGUUAAAACUCACCAUAUCGUCGAAUCAGAGAAAGGUGCCGCAACUAAACAAAAGCAGUACGCCAAUAAAUUCGGCAUCCUCUUUAGGAGUAAGACAGAGGCAAGUGAGUCGUAUAACGAGGCCGGUCGCCCGACCGUCUGACAACAUAGCUCCAAAGGGGAAAGUACAAGAGUCGUGUGGCUCGGUUUCUGAUCUCAUAAAACUGGACGAUUCGCCGACUAAUUUAGAAGAUUUCGAUCCACUGAAGUGUCGUGACAAAAAUAAUGUUGAUCAAAUCAAAUCGUCUACUGACAGUGCUCUCUUACACGAAUACGGACUUGAUUUUAGCCAAUUCGGACUGUUAGAUUACACGCCUAGCUCAUCGAGUACAAGGCAAGAAACAUCAUCUAGCGUGCCAAAGGGCUGGACGACGUUCAAUUAAAAAAAGUCCGUGGGACUUUACUUGGUGUUCGCAAGGAAAUGUUAACUUUUACCUGUCAUGGCUUAAAUGUGUAACGAGUGCGUUAAUUAAUAUUUCUGUCUAACAUUGAUUAUAUUAAUAUAUAUGUUUGCGUUUUUUGUAAACGAUCGCUAUUACAUUGGGAUCUAUCCAUACGAGUGUUAAUACGUAUAGUUGGGUCAUUGGUAACUGUGCCUUAGCGCAGCACGGGUUGAAGGAUAAGUCGUUAUAUAUAAGCUAAGUCGUUAAUUUUUUUAUUAAACC